AUCUAGUUGUGCUUGCGUGGUUUCUUUCUUUACUUUGGCUGGCUCUGGUGCCCUAAGUUAUUCCUUCUUUCGUCGAUAAGUAGUGUGCAAGAAUGCAUGCAACUGGUCGUCCCGUGGUCCACCCAUCUCUCUCCUCCUGCGCAGAUUGACGAACCCUUUUUCGGACAGAGACGAAGAAAUAAAAUGAUCAGGAUGCGUUGCAAAUGAGACAUUUUGCAGACAACGAGCAAAUGUCAGACAUGGAUACUCUUACUCGUUGAGCUUUCCUCGCUGCCAUUCAUUCUCGGGGAAAGUCAAGGUGGUGAAAGCAACAGGCUGUAAAAAAAAUGUGACCAUAAAACUUUUUUUAUUUACAUACACGUUAUUUUCAUAUUCUUCAAGUAAAGAAUUAGGUCAAUUGGCGACGCAUAGUGCUAAAAUUAGCAACAUAAUUUGUGGAUUGGGGGCAGAUUGAGAAAUAAUGAGACUGAUCACGACUGCUCCUCUCAGCAUGCAUCACUGCCCCCACUUACACGACCACAAUCACCUCCAUGCCAACCAUCUUCACCACAAGGCGGAACGACGCCGAAGUAACUCUCUCCCUAGUUGGGCGCCACGCCCCCUCGCUCCACAUCCCCUUCCCUUGGCGAGAACGACGAUGGUGGCGACGGCGAAACCCUCGUCCGCUCGAACUCACAUUGUUCGUGCUUCGGAGCGUCGUGUUAGUUUCGUUGAGGUGGAGUUGUCUGAUGACUUGUCUGGGAACUAUCAUCAUCAUCAAAUUCACGGUCGUACUACCAGUUUUACGAGGCGAUCACGAUCUCGAGAUCCCUCCAGGGGCAGGAGAAGUAGCACCGCAUCGACCGGUUCGACCCGCCCCUUACCUGGAAGCUGCUAUCAUCGAGAAUUUGUGAGUAGUACGGAUGGCGAAAUUAAUGACGAUGAUGAGGAUGACGACGACCAGUAUUGCGAUACGGUCGAUUUUGCGUUGGAAACAAGCCUGCACGGUUUGAAGUACAUUUGCCAACCCGAGCGACAUAUUGUAGAAAGAAUUUUCUGGAUGAUCGCUUUCGGUAUUGGGUUAACGAUGGCAGGGUGGCUUAUAUCAGAUGUUUGGUCAAACUACCUAAGUUCACCUCUCAUCGUCACAUUUGAACCUUUUGAGACGACAAUUGACAAAAUUCCAUUUCCAGCCAUAACGAUCUGCAACAUGAACAAAGUACUCAAAAGUAAGGCUGAAGAGUUUAUCAGACUCGCUCAAGGUCCGGAGGACGAAGAAGAAACUAUCGAAGCACGAAAAAAUGUCUACUAUUUAGAUCACGUUUGUUCCUCAUCAAAAAGUUUUAGCCAAAAAUUCAAUUACUCCUCAAAACGGGGACAAGUGGACCCUUCGCUUCUUGCCAGAACCAGGGUUGAAGACGGCGAUGAUGAGCAAAGGGACGUCGCCAGAUUCCUUCAAAUUGCAUCCCAACCGUGUGACACGAUGCUGCUUUUGUGCGCCUGGCAGGAUACGACGUACAAUUGUAGUGAUUUGUUUAAGCCAAUUGAAACCGAUUUCGGGAAAUGUUGUUCAUUUAACAUGAUCCCUCACCUCCUCCUGUAUAAAAAUAUGAAUGAGGGGAAAUACGAUGCGAAAGAAAUCGCUGGCUGGGCCAAAUGGGAUAUUGAAAAAAAUGGAUUGCUCGUCGAUGAUGAGGAACGUAGUGAGCACUCCCACUCGGCCACCGAGACACCGAGACAUCAUUACUCGAAACCUAUGCCAUUUCCUCGACGGCAAAAGCGUGCCGGGAAAUCAAGUGGGUUAUCUGUCCUAUUGAAUCCCGAUUUGGAGGAAUAUUUUUGCACAAGCAGUGAUAGUCAUGGAUUUCAGCUGGUAAAACAUCUGCCCAUCGAUAAUCCAAAGGUUGUGGAUUUUGGAAUUGCAAUUCGCCCAAAUGCUGAAGUUUUUAUGGGUGUCAAACCUGAAAUCACGAUGGCCGAUCGGGACAUCUAUAACUUUAAACUGGAAAAACGGAAUUGCUACUUUUACGGAGAAUUUCCACUGGCUUAUUACAAACUUUACACGUCUACAAACUGUUAUGACGAGUGUUUGGCUAAUCAAACGUAUGAAAUUUGUGGAUGCGUGAGUUACUACAUGCCUCGAGAUGAUACACGAGACCUUUGUGGUGCACUAAGUUUUCAUUGUGCUGAAAAUGUCAGGAAAUCUUCACUCCAGUCUGUCAUAAAAUCUCGAUGCGACUUCUGCCUUCCGGCCUGCACAGAGUUGGAAUACUUUUCCGAAACCACGUUUACUCCUUUGCAAGACGGCGAUGCAAUUUGGAUACGGGAUGGGACCUCAACAUCCACAACUGCCCCUUGGUCAAGUAAAAAUUUGUCCAUCGUUCACAUCUACUUUUCUUCAGACUCAAGCUAUGCCAGGGUGAGGAAGGAGUUGUAUGGCUUAACAGAUCUAAUCGCCAACACUGGUGGAUUAAUGGGACUCUGUCUCGGCUUCUCUGGUCUUAGUCUCGUUGAAGUAAUUUAUUUCUACACGUUGCGAGCAUGGUUUCGUUCCAAAGCGAAAAUUCGACUAAGGUCGCAAUCACCAUCGAAAAGCAACAAAGGACGACGACUCUGCUCUCGUCGCACUCCAAUGAGAUGGCCGAUGGCGAAAAAGUUGGGGGAAAUGCUGGCAACGACUAAAUUGAGUGACGAUAAUUAUAAAAAGCGACAGCCCCACUCUCCUGACCCAAAACAGUCACAAAUGGUUAUUAUGAAUAUGAACAAUAUUUCAAAGGGCAGAGAACAACACGUCGAAGUGAACACAUCUUCGUCUAAUAAAAAUAGUGAAAACAACGACCGGGGAGAGAUGUGUCCUGGUUACGAAUAUCUCGGCGAUCAGCCACCAUUUUACGCCGAUAAUACCACACGGGCGGCUUGCCAUUAUCCUGCAGAAAGUAAGAGCAAAUGCCACAAUGAUCAUCACCAGAAUAACAAUAUUACCGGAAAUGGGUCACUUCCAGUGACUAUGACGAGCCGGAUGCUGGAGGAAUAUGUUGGUUUAAAUGAGACUUGUUUGGGUCACUGCAUUUGUAGUCGAUGUCACUUUUGUUGUUGUAUGUUGGUCAAUACGUCAAACGAUGGAAUGCGGGCAUGCUGCCAACAUAAUUUUGCCAAUUCAUAAGCACGCCCAUAUUAAAUAUGGAUAUGGUCUAAACUUGACUGACGAGUUUUAAAUUAUUUUAUCCUAGAAAUAACUUUAAGUAUUUAACGAUGUGACCUGACCUGACCUGGGUACAAAUAUGUAUGAGAGACUGUCAAUUGUUGUGAUUAUCUAUGGUGCUGACAAUGGAAUAAAAGUGCUAUCGUUCUACCAA